AUGGCCACUCCCCGCCUCCGUCUCCAGAACAAGGUCGCCAUCGUCACCGGCGCCGGAUCCCUGAAUGGCUCUGCGGAGUCUGUCCGAUCCAAUGCCCGCGCAGCAUCCAUCCACUCACAGCUACUGGAAUUCGGACCUCAGCUAACUUUCAGCGGCAUCGGUCUCGAGACCUCGCUUCAGUUCGCCGCCGAGGGCGCCAAGGUUGUCCUCUCCGACGUCAACGCCGAGGCCGUCCAGAAGGCCGCUGAGCAGGUCAAGGCCCGCUUCCCCUCUUCUGAGGCUAUCGCCGUCAAGUGCGACGUCUCCAAGGAGGACGACGUCAAGGCUCUCGUCGACAAGGCCGUCGAGACCUUCGGCCGCCUCGAUGUCAUGUUCAACAACGCCGGUAUCAUGCACCCCAAGGACGACGACGCCGUCAACACGGAGGAGAAGAUCUGGGACCUGACCCAGGCCAUCAACGUCAAGGGUGUUUGGUACGGCUGCAAGUACGCCGUGAUUGCCAUGCGCAACAACAAGGACGAGCCCGAGAAGGGUCUCCACCGCGGCGGCUCGGUCAUCAACGUCGCCUCCUUCGUUGCCAAGCUCGGCGCCGCCACUCCCCAGCUUGCGUACACUGCCUCCAAGGGCGCUGUCCUGGCCAUGACCCGCGAGCUCGCCAUGAUCCACGCGCGCGAGGGCAUCCGCUUCAACUCGCUCUGCCCCGGCCCCAUCCGCACCCCGCUCCUCAUGGACUUCCUCAACACCCCCGAGAAGCUCAACCGCCGCAUGGUCCACUGCCCCAUGGGCCGCUUCGGCGAGGCCGUCGAGCAGGCCAAGGCUGUCGUUUUCCUCGCCUCGGACGACUCGUCCUACGUCAACGGCUCCGACUUCAUGGUCGACGGCGGUCUCUCGGGCUGCUACGUUACCGCCGAGGGCGAGCCGCUCCUUGCGCCUCCCCAGGGCCUGCUCUCGCAGCAGUAG